CUGCCUGAGGGACAUGUCCCUUACCUUAGGUAGGCAGGGUUGACCUUGAGUGUGCCGGACUGAUAGAGGAGUCCUGACACCUGUCUGUGAAUUAAAGGCAGCUACAUCCGGUGUAACUGGCACUGUCAGAGUGUGCCUGACUGAGUGCCAAACUGAGGAGCAAGGAACCUGUCAGGGACAGAGGAGAGGCCACUGUGUUCCUGUCCCCACCAAGGUUUAACUGGGUUGCCCAAAAUGUUUGGGAAGAAGAAGAAAAAAAUUGAAAUAUCAGGGCCUUCAAACUUUGAACACAGGGUUCACACUGGAUUCGAUCACAAAGAACAGAGGUUCAUAGGCCUUCCUCAGCAAUGGCAAAGUUUGCUGGCAGACACGGCCAACCGACCCAAGCCUAUGGUGGAUCCAUCUUGUAUAACACCCAUACAGCUUGCACCUAUGAAGAGCCCCCUUAAACUGGAACGAGAAGCUUCAACCAAGACUAUUGUUAGAGGCAGUAAACCCCCACAAGAUUCCUCCAUCAAUGGCUUGCUGGAAGACUUUGACAAUAUCUCUGUAACUCGCUCAAAUUCCCUUCGAAAAGAAAGUCCACCCACCCCACGUCAGGGACAUUCCAACCAUUCAAAGAGCUACCCAGAAGAAAAUGGCUUCUUCACCUUCUCCCACUACAGCUGUGAAGCUGAGAUCCCCAGAAGUAGCAUCUCAGAGCGGUACAAGGAAAGGAGCCUGAGUGCCGAGGAGGCUGAAGGGUACUAUAGGGCAAGCAAGCCGGCCAGGCACAAUGGGCAUCCGGUUAAAAUGAGAUCUUAUGAAGCCUACUUUCCCGAAGUUAAAAACGUGAAGGCCGACCUGCUGAGUUAUCCGUCAGAAUACCAUCCACACCUGGAAGCGAAAAGUAAAUCUGUUGAUCAGUGUGGACUGCCAUGGGACUUGCACAGAGUCACUGCUACAUCUCUCCAGGACUACAGGGACUACUUCCAACCUUCUAUUACAGGGACCGUCAUGAUGAGUGAGGGCUCAAAGGAAAGACUUGAAUAUAGCGAAUGGGGAGAAGGGCUUUCCAAGGAUGAUUAUGAUAAAAGGCCAAAGUCAUCAUACGUAACACAAACAAGUCCUCAACCAGCCAUAAGACAACGGUCUAAGUCAGGAUCAGGCCUUCAAGAACCAGUCAUACCUUACGGAGCACUGAAAACAAACCAGCAAGGGCACUCGUUUGCUUCAUACACCUACCCGCGUUUGUCGGAAACCGCAGCGUGUAUUCCAAAGGCAGACUACGAUAGAGGCCAGGUUAUCCUGAGCCCCCCACUCACUGGGUCUGAUACAUAUCCACGAGGUCCUACAAAGCUACCUCAGUCUCAAAACAAAUCCAGUUACCCCUCAAGUAGUUACCAAUACCCAUCUGUUUACCAUAAGCCAUCUCCCUACCAUCAACCACCCCUUCAUGGGAGCCCCCAUUUCAUGUCCACAUCUUCUUACCCCAGCUCUCCAAGUACGUCAUCCAGUAUUUACCCCCCUCCCAGCUGGGGCUCAUCCUCAGAUCAGCAGCCAUCUAGGGUUUCCCAUGAACAGUUCCGAGCAGCCCUGCAGCUGGUGGUCAGCCCCGGAGACCCCAGGGAAUAUCUGGAUGACUUCAUCAAAAUUGGAGAAGGCUCAACAGGUAUCGUAUGUAUAGCAACGGAGAAGCACACGGGGAAGCAAGUAGCCGUGAAGAAGAUGGAUCUCAGGAAACAGCAGAGAAGGGAGCUGCUCUUUAAUGAGGUUGUGAUCAUGAGGGAUUACCAUCACGAAAACGUUGUUGACAUGUACAAUAGUUAUCUGGUUGGGGACGAGCUGUGGGUUGUAAUGGAAUUCCUGGAAGGUGGAGCACUGACAGACAUCGUUACUCACACCAGGAUGAAUGAGGAGCAAAUAGCCACAGUGUGUUUCUCUGUUCUGAAAGCAUUGUCCUAUCUGCAUAAUCAGGGAGUCAUUCACAGGGAUAUAAAAAGUGACUCCAUCCUGCUCACCAGUGACGGAAGGAUAAAGCUUUCCGAUUUUGGAUUUUGUGCACAAGUUUCUAAGGAGGUCCCUAAAAGAAAAUCCCUUGUGGGAACUCCCUACUGGAUGGCCCCAGAGGUGAUAUCAAGGCUGCCAUAUGGAACAGAGGUGGAUAUAUGGUCUCUUGGGAUUAUGGUGAUAGAAAUGAUUGACGGAGAACCUCCAUACUUCAAUGAACCGCCAUUGCAGGCAAUGCGUCGGAUACGAGAUAACUUACCACCACGAGUCAAAGAUGUCCAUCAGGUCUCUUCAGUGCUUCGUGGAUUUCUAGACUUGAUGUUGGUGCGAGAGCCAUCCCAGAGAGCUACAGCACAAGACCUAUUAAGACAUCCAUUCUUGAACCUCUCAGGACCCCAGUCAUGUAUCAUACCCCUAAUGAGGCAAUACAGACACCACUGAGCUCCCGCUCUGUAAUCCGUUACUGAACAAGAGGGGGGAGAUCAAACAAAAACAACUUUAGAAACACGAAAAAUGCAAAAUGAAAGCAGCUACUUAGAAAAAAAAAACUGCCUAUAUUUCUGUACAAUUACUACAAGAUGAAACGCUGGGGUGUGCUGAAACCGAAACCUCACUUUUCACUCUUUUUUUGCUUUAUGUUUGUUUGUUUGUUUGUUUGUUUGUUUGUUUAUUUAUGAAUUAAUUCAAAAUGCAGACUUUUUACAAGGGUUCUUUUGAAGUGAAUUUAGAUAUUAUCCCUAAAACAUAUCUCCCAACGCUUAUUUGAAACAAAGGGAAUUUAAUGGUAUUUAUUUAAACAAUGUAAAGUCCUUCUUUGAGGUAAAAUGCACUUUUUUUCAAAAGUAGGAGUGUACCGUAUUUUGAAAUGAAUUUGUAAUUUUCUGUAUAAUACUUUUGAUAAUUUGCAGUUUUUUGAUGUCAUGUAAACAUUGUGCCAGUUCAAAACCAGGUGUAAUUUACCAAACAUUUUCAAAAAUUCCUACUUUUAUAAUCCUUUUGGAAACACCCACACCUCUGUUACAGCGCUGACUGUCUAUUUUGCUUACAUCGAUUUUAAGGCACAUCUCAAAAACUUUCAAAACUAGAGUGGUUUGCAAACUUUUUAUUUUUUUGUAUGGCCCUUUCAUCAUCAUUAGUUAGUGUGACCAAAAUAAAUAAUUCAGUUGAUAUAUGUGGAAUAAUUACAAUUACAACAAGACUUACACAGUAAAAUUGUCAGACAGUAUUUAAUACAAUGUAUUUAAAAAUGUACAAUAUUUAUAAAUGUAUGUAUUUAAAGGUUCCACAUAUAAAAAAAGUUGCAGCAUAAUAUUGAGGUACAGUACAGGUGCUUUUUUAGCAAACAAAGGAAAUUAUCCUCCUAUUUGAGCCAUUGAAGAACUUGUUCUUUUUUGUUUUUAUCAGCUGCCAUUUUUAUUAUGUUUUUAUUUAACCGUUAUUUAAGUAAUUGACCUACUUGAAUUUGUACUUGAUUGGAGACAUUUUUAUUUAUUCUGAUUUUAAUAUAUUUAUUUUGUUAUAUUUGUGUUCUUACUUUAAAGCCCAGUGUUGACUGAAGUUGUCAACAUUUCAAGCGGAUAUUUUUCCAAAUGUGCAUCAUAUUUUCAUUGUGACGAUGUUGUAGGAUGUGUUUGACUCGAUACACUUGUGCUGCUGUCUGUGUAUUUUUUUUAUGUCAAAAAAAUGGAUGACUACAAAAUUUGUGUUGCUUGUUGAAUGAUCUUGCAUGUCAACGCUAGGCCUAAAUAGAUUUGUGUUUUGCAGCCACUUUAUUCAUAUUUAUUUCAAUGCAAAAUAAACUUUAUUUAUUAAA